AUGAUGCAGCAAGGAGGAGUGUCCAAGGCGACGAAGACACUGAAUCUGUCAGAGGACAUCUUCGCGGGAAUGGAUUUCGUCCUGCGCGGAGGAGGUCGCACCAUCAAGCAUCGUGAAUAUUUUCAUUUGGCGAAAGGUCGAGAUCUGGGCUUCAACACCGUGCUUGCCUUCUUCUCCAAGCUGUCAUCGGGAGCUGGUGAGCAGCUGAUCACAAGACAGACUCUCCGCCUGGGGAGUCUUCUGCCGCUGCCGGAGCUCUUGUCGUUCUACUAUGCGCACAUGGGCCACUACCUGUCUCAGUGGGCGGUUUCUUGGGGUCUUCCGGUGCUUACCCUGGUUUGGCUGCUGAUCCUCCUGAAUGGCUGCGAGGAUUCCAACGACCUCUCCAUCAAGUGCAGCGCUGCUGGGCAGUCUGCAGCGUCAGUCAUGGCUGAAGCGUGGCAGUACAUCUACUCGGGCAAUUUGCUCAUCGUUUUCCUCCUUGCUCAAAUGGCCCCGAUCUUCUUUGAAGUGUGGAUGCAGGCCGGCCUGGUGACCUCCAUCAUACGCCUCGUGAAGCAGCUCCUCACGCUCUCCCCGAUCAUGUUCAUCUUCCAGGCCAAGGUGAUCGGGUUCUACACAAUGAAUGAGCUCAAGUAUGGCGGCGCAACUUAUGCCCCUCACUCGGAUCUCGAAGCCUACGCCAUGGCUGCCAUCGGCUCGGCCCCGCACUGGAGGCGGCCACUGCUCAGAGCAGCUCUCUGCGCAGUGGCAUUGGGUGCUGGAAGUGCAGGGUUCAUCUCGGUGUCAACAGGGCGCGCGGCCCCAUCUACGGAUUUGCCUAAGUCGCAUCAGGUCAGGCCGGCAACUGGCGACAUGGACUCUUCAAGCGGCUCCAGCUUGAUCUCCGCCUCUGCGGCCGGCUCUGCGGCGUUGCCUUUCGCGAUGUUGGCCGUGCUGGCUGCGAGGUCGCAGUCUCGGCACAGAAGUACCAGGAGGGCAGAAGAGAAGAAAGGAUCACUUCAGCAGCUGUUGGGCAUGAAGGGGGCCAGCGAAACCGAUGAUGAGCCGCUAUGGAAGAUCCGGCUUCAGCUCUGCAAGCCGGUCACCUGGCCGCCGCUGAUCUUCGGCGUCAUUGCAGGCGUGUGUGCCAGUGGCAAUUUUGACUGGUCAACAGCAGGUCCAGAGGAGUAUGCAAAGUUCCUCUUGUGCGUGACGCUGUCCGGUCCAGUCCUGGUUGGCUACACGCAAACACUGAAUGACUGGUACGACAAGGAUCUGGAUGCGAUCAACGAGCCCUACCGCCCGAUUCCUUCUGGCCGCAUCACAGAAGAAGAAGUCUGGCAGCAGAUCUACGUUUUGGGCGGCCUGGGCUUAGGAAUGGCGGCGGCACUGGAUAUCUGGCAAGGCCAUUGGCCUCCGACUGUUUUUGCCGUGGCGGUUGUGGGUGUCUUCAUGGCUUACAUAUAUUCGGCCCCACCGCUAAAGCUGAAGCAAAACUGGAUCUCCGGCUGCUAUGCCUUGGGUUCCAGCUACAUAGCUUUGCCGUGGCUGGCUGGGCAGUGCACGUUCGGUCAGGCGACACCGGAAAUCAUCGCACUGACUCUUUGGUACUCAGUCGCGGCUGUUGGCAUUGCCAUUGUCAACGACUUCAAGAGCGUGGAAGGAGAUGCGAAGCUGGGGCUUUCCUCCGCUCCAGUUGUCUUUGGGGUGGACACCGCAAAGUACAUGGCACCGAUCAUCAAGGACUCAGUCCAGCUCACCAUUGUCGGGUAUUUGCUUUACAUUGGUGAGACGAACUAUGCGCUUGGACUGCUUGCAUUGAUCCUGCCACAGAUCUACUUCGCGAAGACAUUAUUUCUUGAGGAAGUACCAGGGAUCAUCUUUGCCUUUCUUCAGCAUUGGAACAAUUGUGGCGGCUUCCGCGAUUGGCAACAAUCCGCUGCAUUGAAAGCUCGUUUCGAUGAUGUCGGCCUAGAGUUUGUGGGUGCUGUGAAGGAGUGGAGUUCGAACCGGUUGCCACAGGAAGAGGACUGCCGACAGAAAGACGACCCUUCGUGGGUCGACUUCAACCUGGAGGUCUUUAUCUGGACUACGCUCGCAUCACGCGACUGCCUCGGCAUGUACUACGACGGAGCAGCCCUGCUGCUUCUCAUGGUUCUGGUUGUAGUUGCUGGCGGUAUGGACAACACGGGUCCACAACUCUAUGGCAUCAUGGUGUCGCUCAGUUUGGUCACGGUGUCUUGGCUUUUGGCACCUUUCAUCUUCAAUCCGUACCAAUUUCGGCCCUCGUGCUGGGCGAACGACAUGAAGGCUUGGCUUCAGUUCUUCCUCGAAGACGGUGGCUCUCACUGGAAAAAGUGGUUCACGCAGACCCAGCUGAAACCUCGACGAGGGUUCCGGGCCACCAUUCUCGACUUCGCGUUCUUCAUCGAGCUUUGGUGGGCAUGUCGUGGCAUGCUUCUCCUCAUUGAAUGCACGAACGGCGGUGGUUUGCCAGGAUCCGCGGGUGUAGGGAUUUACAGGGACUGCCUAGGACUAGAGCCAAUCCGCCGUUUGGUUAGCCUCCACGGUAUUUGGUGCCAAUGCUAUCAGAUGCAUGACUACGCAGCCAUUGCAGCUCGCAACCGUGGGGACAGCUCCCGUGGGGACAGCUCCCUUUUCACGACAUCGACGCGGACAACUGACUGCUGCCAUCUGUGGUCCCACAUGUCCUCGAUGUCGUACUUGGAUCCGCGCGAUGUCAUGCAAGUCGAGCAAAGCCGGCUUUCGCAGGCGAUCGCCGCAAUCCAGGAAUCGACUGACAGAAUGCGUCGACUCCAAACGGAGCAAUGCGUUGACACUGUGGAUUGGAACGACGCACACAACAUUGCGCAGAUUGUUCAGGGUACAGCUUUCAUCGUUCUGGCCAUGUGGCUGAUCUUCGCCAACAAUGCGAAGGUGGCAGUUGCCUCCAAAGCGCCGCUGGAGCAGCGGCACGCGGUCUGUGCAACCCUGAGCACCGCCGUGUGCCUCUUCUCCGGCUUCUUCAACAUCCUACAGCUCACUGGCAUCGACGACUUCCAAAUUCCUGGCUACACAGGAGGCUUUGUUCUUCAGCUGGCUCGGCCUGUUGAGUGGGUCCUCACGUGCCCCAUCCUGCAGCUGAAGAUGGUCAUUCUCGCAGGUGCACGAGUGCCAUCAUACCGACGUUUCAUGAUGCCGUUGCUGUCUGCAGCUGUCCUUCUGUGUGGUGUUGCUGCCACCUUUACAGAUGGAGGACUGCGUUACAUCUGGUUCGGCUUUGGCAUGAUUCUCGUCGUUAUCAUGUUCUACUACAACGGCUUGCAAAUCUCGGAGAACAGUGAUGGAGAAGAGAACAUCCUGCAUGGGCAGUCUGACUACCGCAAACUGACCUUGGUCCUGAUUGCAACGUGGUUUCCCUUUCCGAUCUGGUUCGCUCUCAGCCCGGAAGGCUUCAACCUUUUCGACGAGGAGUUGACCAUCGAGAUGGGAUGGGUUGUGCUGAACAUGUUUGCAAAGUUCUCGAUGAUCAUCAUCGGUCAGCGUAUGAAACUGGUCCACCAGAGGAAGCUGGAAGCAGCACGUGAGCUGUACGGCCUCUCCCCCUCGGACGAAGUACCUGAGAAUGCUCUGAACCAGAAGGCCAUCAUGGAGAGCAGCAAGGGCGGCCGCGGAAACCUGAACCCCGAGGAGUAUGGGCUCGGUCUUGGAGAAGAGGCCGAAAGCGAGGAGAAGUUGGUGGAGCUUGUGGCCGACACGAUGGUGACCCUUCAGCUGGCGAACCACACCGAACGUUUGCUCAAGCUGCUGGUUGAGAGCGGCGUUACCAACACCGCUGUCUUGGAGAGGCUCAACCAGGAACGCUGCAUGGAAUUGUGCUUGCCGUGGGCGCUUGUCGAUGCUGUCCAGCGCCGCUGGAGCACCGAAAAGAUGAACAUGGGUCAGGAUCAGGGCGGUGUGGUGGAGAAAGAGGAUCCAUUCAUGAAGGUUUUGGAAGCCAACAAGGAGCGCAUCACGUCGAUAAAGUCCGGACAGGUCACCGGAGUGGUGACACCUCCUUUAGGUGGAGUGGUGGAUAUGUCUUCUUUCAACGAUCAGAUUGUGGCUGCCGUGCAACGUGCAGUCCUGCCUUUGCAUGAGACGGUCAUGUCGAAGCUCCAGACGUUCGAGGAGAGUGUCAAUCAUUCUCUGGAGUCCACCCAAGAGAGCGUGGCUCAACGCAUGGAUUUCGGACAGGUCACACUUAUGCAGACGGUGAACGCUUGCCAGGUGCUGCUGCACAAGCUGGACUCUUCCCAAGAGGUCGUGCUGCAGAAGCUGGACACGCAGAAGAAAGAUCUCGAGCAGAUGCGUACAUCAUACGAGUCGCUGCAAGGCAACAUUGCAGGUGCUCAGGACGUCACAAGAUCGGCGCUCGUGGAAACGGUCAGCACCUCUUCCAGCGCUUUGCUGCAGAAGCUG